CCCUUCCACAGCCACGCGAUUCCCCAUCGCAACACAAACCGCACCUCGUCUCCAUUGACCAGACGGCGACGCUCACCUCCUCCUCGGUCUUCCCCGUCGUCCUCCUGGCUUCCCUUCGUUCUCCGCGAUUUUGAUCCUCGUCACUCAUGUCUGCUGAAGUCGCCGAGGGACAAUCUUAUUUCCUCUCGUGCUACUUCUGGUUCAUAUACUGCAUAAAAUUCCGUGAUUUCACUUGAUACAGGUGGAUCACCUGGAGUUUUGUGCUAAUACUUCCUACCAUGUGAAUCAGUUGUAGCUGGCGAUAUUGGCAAGACUCAAGUUCUCUCAUCUGAGUUCAGAAACAUCUGUUGGUCGAGUGUUUGGUCUCCUGCUUCCCUUGAGUCUUGCCAGGCAUAGUUUCUCAUCAAUUGCGUUCUCUGAUCUCAUUCUGUGACUCUACCUACAUCUCUUUUGGUCCUGUCAAGCUCUUAAUCCUCCCUUUAGAAGACUUGUCUUGGCGUUGAAUCAUCCUGCUCUCUGCUUACACUACAGUCUUCUGAAGGCCUCCCUUGUUGCGUUCUGUGCUCAAACUUUUGACAGGCUCUCCCACUCCUCUUGGUUGAUUGCUCCUGGAUUCUCUCUACUGUGCACUGAAACUUUUCUCUUCCUGGUCAAACUUGUGACCUCCUUGAAGUAUUUCUGCUUUUGUCUUGGGAUCUCUCUGUUGUCUUGUUGGUCCUGAAGACAAGACAUACAUUAAAGGUGAUGGCGCAAACUAGCCUGCCACCUGGUUUUCGUUUCCACCCAACAGACGUUGAGCUCGUUUCCUACUACUUGAAAAGGAAGAUUAUGGGAAAGAAACUUCUUGUGGAAGCUAUAUCAGAGGUUGAGCUGUACAAGUUUGCUCCCUGGGAUCUCCCUGAUAAAUCCUGUCUUCGAAGCAAAGACCUUGAAUGGUUCUUCUUUUGUCCUCGUGAUAAGAAGUAUCCUAAUGGGUCCAGGACAAACCGUGCCACACCAAAUGGUUACUGGAAAACUAGUGGAAAAGAUAGAACUAUUGUGCUCAACUCUCGCGCUGUUGGGAUGAAGAAAACAUUGAUUUUUCAUGAAGGCAAGGCACCUAAAGGUGACCGGACUGAUUGGGUGAUGUAUGAAUACAAAAUGGAAGACGAUGAUUUGGUUUCUGCUGGUUUCUCGAAGGAUGCUUAUGUACUCUGCAAAAUUUUCAAGAAAAGUGGCCUUGGUCCGAGGAUUGGGGAGCAAUAUGGGGCUCCAUUUAAUGAAGAUGAAUGGGAAAAUGCGGAUGCUGAAGCUUCCUUGUUUAAUUUGAUGCCCUCCUCAGAAGUAGUGAACCCAGUGGAGGACCCACAUGUCCAGCACGCCGCCCCUGCUGGUGCUGUAGAGGUACCACGUCUACAGCAUUCAUCUGCUGCUUGUGCUGGGGAGGAAUCAUCAUUUGAUCUUGUAACUGCUACUACUUGUAUUGAGGAGGACUUAGCUUUUGGCUAUACUACUGCUGGCUCUGCUUUCCAAGAUCUAUCUGCUCAGCAGGCUAUUGAUGGGGUGGUUUCUGGCAAUAACAUUUCCAAUGAGGUCAAUGAUAUGUGCAAUCCUCAUGACUUUGAUGGACUUUCACUGGAGGAUUUGUCUAGGUUUCUGAAUGAUUCUCCUCUUCAUGACAGCCCUGUUGGAGAGAAUUCUGCUCUCCCUCCAAUGUGUGAAGCUGAGGCUCGUGCUUUUGAAGUGAACACUGUUGACCUCUACAAUGAAUUGUCAGGGCUUGCUGGGUUAGGAGAUGUGUCAGACAACUACUUUGCUAGGAAUGUGGGUUCCACGGAGUACUCUAUCCUACACGCUGACAGAGAACUUUCUACUGAUGAUUAUAUAGAACUGAAUGAUCUCCUUGCUCCUGAUGCAAGCUUCCCCUGUGAAUUUCCUGCGCAAAACAAUCAAUUUUUGCAGUAUCCCCUUGCUCCAUCCACAUACAACGGGCAUUUUGAUGAUGCUGGUACUCUGUCAGCUGCUUUUGGACCAAGUGGCUCGCUUCCAACCAUUUCUUAUGUUUUUCCUCCUGGCAAUAACGGUGACUUCGCCACAGACCAGGCAACCGACUACUCGGACCCAACCAUGCAGUACCCAUUCUCAUGAGGUCUGCAACGAUGACAGUUUUCUGAUGCUGGUACAAUGCUUCACCUUCCUGGACGUCAUGGCAAAUAAAGAUGCUUGUCGCGCUCAUGAAAUGGUCUGCUGCUAUUCUAAACCAAGCCAAACUUGGCUGGUUCUCUCUUGCAAGCACAGUGCUGGAUCAAAUUGCUUGCCCUGGUUGCUGCAUGCUCCCAAGUCCCAACCGAUUGGUUGAGCUGAUUGCCAAGCUUGGCAUUAGUACUUGGCAUGCGAAUCUUCGCUUAUGUUAUUUGUGUGUAUUCGCUACUUGCUGGUUGCCAUCCAUUUAAGUUACUUCUGUCAAACUAUUGUGUAUCGAGUGUUGCAAUGUGCGAGCCAUUACUAUUAGAUUGUAAUAUGGAAUGCCUGGUACUUUUAAUGUCUUGAA